AUGUAUCGUAGCAUCUACGCACCCAGCCCAACGGCUGCUGAAGACGUCGUGAGCCCAGCGAAAAACGAGGCACUCGGCGCAGCUUCGGACCCUACAGCGUCUCAAGACUCACAGUCAAAUGUCGAUCGCAGCGCGCGUCAGCCGGCACAGCAGCCGGCACCUUUCUUCUGCACAAAUUGCGGCAAAGAUUACACCGGCAACAAAUCCGAGUUCUAUGCAGAGCACAUGAAGCGGUGCAAGAGCUCGGUGUCGAAGCAUGGAAACUUCAUGGGCAAGUACGACCGAAACACUGGCCGACUCAAGGACGCUCCUUCCACUUUCAAUGCGAAGGAGUCUGCGUUCUCGAGUGGUCCCACGCAUUCCACCGCGCCCGGCAUCUCUUCUAUCCCUCAAGACGGCGGAGCAAAGGUCACCAGCGGCAAGUGGACGAAUGCUCGGUCUGUCACGUCACUAGGAUCCGGUCCAAUCGAAUCACCGAAAGAGAUUCAACCUUCCCCCGGUAUGAUUAGUAGCCGAUUCGCAUCUAUGACGAUGCAGGAAAAAACAUCGAAGCCUACCGGUCUGGCUAGAAGCCGAUUUGCUCAGCCUGUCUUGGAUGCUCUCCCUCCAACGCCCGUGGUCAAGGAUUCGGAAGCAUCGACCCUCUCUGCAGGUGCCGAACCCUUCGCCCCUGCUUCUCCGCCUCUCCCCCAUGGUGAAGAAGCACUUACGGCAUACUUUCUCAAGAAGUUCCAGGAUGCUUUAAAGACGCAUGCCCCGACUGUUACGACUAGCAGCCCGGCCGCAGCCCCCAGGAUCACGAGCAAUCCAGGAGUUAGCUUCGACGACAAUUCCACCGCUUUGAAGACUGGCCCGGUCGGCAGCCCGUUCAAGAAUGGCCGAUCGACUGGGAUGACUGAGAACUCUUCCAAGCAGGAUCUAUCAACUGUUGGGAUCAGCGAGCCCGCCACAUUCUCUGUCGUUAGCUCUAAGAGUACCUUCAAAUACUUCCCAGAAUUCCCAGGAGACCGCUCCCCUGUGCUCGCCUCUGAUAGCCACUGCAAGGACACCCAAGAUAGCGCCAAGCAUCUGGCCCAACCAUCCACCUCCAAUAUUAUCGAAACGGUCGAUCAGGAGAGCGCCGGUGGAAUUCAGCUCAUACAAUCGGAGAUUGAGGGUUGGGAAAUCAAGUCGAUUACGUCCGAUAGUGACGACGAGUUGUAG